AUGCCGAUGCUCAAGUGGGAAGACAGUCUCCGAGAACGUGGCAGCCAAGGACUCUUCAACCAGCCGCCACUACUUCCGUUUCAACUGCAAGGUUCGUCUUCCAACAUGUUGGCGAGGUCCAUAACGUUCUCCUUGGCUUAUGCCAGUUUCACGGCGGCACAGAGCGCCACACUCGCAUUCUCCGUCCCACCUGCUGCUGAGACUCUCGCUACCUAUGUCACGCCUGCCAACCUCGCUCUUUUUGGAGUCGAAGCCGUACAGCUGACUGACGAUGUUGUCUCCUCGAUGCAACAGAGCCCAGAGCUUGCUGAGUAUGCUUCCCUCUUCGAGUUUGAGGACAGCUCCAAUUCCAGCUUGUCUGCGCGUACUCGCCGUACGCGACGAUCACUCCGAUGCAAGACCAUGCCUGGCGAUCUUCUGUAUCCAGGAAAGCUUUUGUGGGAGUUGUUCGAUCUCCUACUCGGUGGUGCUUUAGAGAAGAUCGUACCUAUAGGCUCUUCCUGCUACAAGACGUCCGAGUACAACAACUACGACGCCGCAAAGUGCGCAGACCUCGUCGAGAAUUUCGAUGCGGAGGAGAUUUAG